GCAGAACAACAUCCUGUAAAGGAAGGACUGUGCUAUAAAAACUGUGACCCACCACACGAGUUCCAAGUGGAGAUCCGCAAUGCUAAUAUUACCACAAUAGAGGAAGCUCUCUCCUAUGCUUGUAAAAAACACGGCAACAAAAAAGCACUUGGAACAAGACAGAUAUUGCAAGAAUCAGAAGAACUUCAGAAGAAUGGCAAAGUUUUCAAAAAGUAUGAACUUGGAGAAUAUUCCUGGCUCACAUACACUGAAGUGGAUAACCUGGCUCACAAGUUUGGCUGUGGCCUCCGGGCUGUUGGCCAUAGACCCAAACAAAAUAUUGUGAUAUUUGCAGAGACCAGAAAAGAAUGGUUAAUAUCUGCAAUUGGAUGCUUUAGACAAAGCAUUCCAUUGUGUACACUGUAUGCCACACUUGGGGAUGAAGCAGUUGUCCAUGGUAUUAAUGAAACUGAGGUUACUCAUGUUAUAACUUCUCAUGAGCUGCUGCCAAAGUUUAAGACCAUCCUCAGUAAAUGCCCAAACGUGACCCAUAUUACAUAUUUUUGUGACCAGCUCAAACCCACCCAUGUCACAGGGUACAAGGAAGGUGUAGUCUUCAAUUCCUUCGAACAAAUCGUUGCCAAGGGAACAUCAAGUGGUUUUACAGGUUUGUUUGUUGAGUUGAUGCUUGUAUAAUUGUAUAGUACCUAA